GACGCUCGACGCGCGUAUGCGCUGUACGUAUUGUAAUCGAUCUGUCCAAUGUAUCAGGUGUGGUGCUUCUGUUAAGGGAUGAGGCCCUGCAGCAGUGUCCGCUGCCGCCGCCUUGUUUUUAUUUAGUUCAGAUCCAGCUUCCUCGUCGAUAUUGUUGUAAGCGGAGGGGCGGGGAGAAGGGGUGGUUGUUUUUUUUUCUUCAUUUUAAUAAAACCGAAUAACUUUAUCGCAGCGUCAGUCACAAGCCGACAUGAACAUCGACGUGGAGUUUCACAUCCGUCAGAAUUACGCGUGGGCGAAGCUGCCUGUGAACGUGAGACAGAGCCUGGGAAACUCUCAGCGCGAGUACGAGCGGCUGGUUGUUAAUUACAGCGUCAGAAACCAAUUGCGGUACCGAAGCAAUCUGGUGAGGCACAUCAAGAAAGAUGAGCGACGCUACUAUGAGGACCUCCUGCGCUACAGCCGGGAGCACCUCAUGCUCUAUCCCUACCACCUGUCAGACAUUAUGGUCAAGGGACUCCGCAUCACCCCUUUCGCCUACUACUGCAGCAUGAUGGAGGACAUCAUGUCAAAUGAGAGAAGUUAUGACUCCUUGCCCAACUUUACUGCAGCUGACUGUUUGCGACUGCUCGGCAUUGGGAGGAAUCAGUACAUCGACCUCAUGAACCAGUGCCGCUCCUCGAAGAAAUUCUUCCGGAGGCGGCCGGUGCGGGAAUUGUUGCCAAUCAAGCCCGUGGAGAUCACCGUGGAGCCAUGGUGGGUCAUCCAAGCCGGGUUCAUCACUGAGGAUGACAUCAAGAUCUGCAGCAUCGUGGAGAAGAACACCAUCGACAAAAUCAUCGACACGGGGCCACAGCUGGCGGGCUCGCUCGAACACGCCGUGGUCCACCGGCUCUACAAUAAAGGCUUCAUAUACUUGGAUGUACCCAUAUCAGAUGACGACUGCAUUGUGGUUCCACCACUCGAAGGCUUCGUCAUGAACCGGCUGCAGGGAGACUACUUUGAGACGCUGCUCUACAAGAUCUUCGUUUCGAUCGACGAGCACACCAACGUGGCCGAGCUGGCGAGCGUGCUGGAGAUUGAUCUGUCCCUGGUGAAGAACGCGGUGUCGCUCUACAACCGCCUGGGCUUCGCCCGCAAGAAGGUCCAGGUGCUGACUCAGGAGGCCCUGCACCUGAGCUGGAGGGAGGUGGCACAAGUCAACAGGCUCAGGGCCACGAUGGACCCACAGAAGAUGCUGCUGAGCUUCGAGGGAGUGGACGGAGGCCGCCCGGUGGGACUUGGAGCCUUGCAGGACGCCAACGACACCGACACUGCCAGCCAGGACGAUCCGGACACGGCGAGCGUGAGCAGCCUUACUCUGAGCUGCGCGCCGACUCCGGGUACGCACAGCAAGCGCAUCGCCUUCCUCUUCGACUCCACGCUCACCGCCUUCCUCAUGAUGGGGAACCUCUCGCCCAAUCUCAAGAGCCACGCGGUGACAAUGUUUGAGGUGGGGAAGCUAUCGGAUGAGAGCUUGGACAGUUUCCUUCAGGAGCUUGACAAGGUGCAGAUGGCGGGUGAGGGGGAGGCCCAGAGGUACUUCGACCACGCGCUCACACUGCGCAACACCAUCCUCUUCCUGAGGCACAACCGGGAGCUCACGCCGGACCCCGAGAUGCAUCCCAACGGCCUGCCGCUGGACCUGCUGCGCUGCGAGAGCCUCUUGGGACUGGACCCGGCCACGUGCAGCCGCGUCCUGAACAAGAACUACGCCCUACUCGUCUCCAUGGCGCCGCUCAGCAACGAGAUCCGCCCCAUCAGCAGCUGCACCCCACAGCACAUGGGUCCGGCGAUCCCAGAGGUGAGCUCCAUCUGGUUCAAGCUGUACGUGUACCACCUCACCGGCUGGGGCCCGCCCUCCCUACUCCUCUCCAAAGGCACACGGCUGCGGCGCCUGCCCUCUAUAUUCCAGGGCUACGAGCGGUUACUCAUCACAUCCUGGGGUCAUGACCCCGGGGUGGUGGCCACGUCCAACGUCCUCAUGACGCUGAACGACGCGCUCACGCACUCUGCCGUCCUCGUUCAGGGACAUGGAGCACAGGCGGACGGCGAAGUCGUUUACGUUCCAUUCCCGAUUGAUGAGCCCAUCAUCAAGGGAGACUUCAGCCUGGAGCACAUGUGCCGGCACCCGGCUGUGCAGGCACUGCGGGAGAAGCUCGACCUCGAGCACUCGUGCGGCUUCAUCGCCAUGGUCACACCGAGGAGUCGAGAGGUCACAGAGGGGCCCCCUGCUGGCACCGCGGAGGAUUCGCCGGCCGACUCGGACACGCAGGGCAGCGCCGACUCGUUUGAGAUGGUGGGCGGCGACGCCGAGGGGGCGGUCGAGAAGACGGCGCCGAGGAGAGCCCCUCCGAGCGCUCCCACGGCCCAGGCGGAUAAUUGGGUUCCGCUGGAACUCUGCUUCGGGAUUCCUCUCUUCAACUCGGAGUUGAACAAGAGCGUGUGCGAGAGGGUGGCCUCCCACUCGCUGUUCCGCAAGGAGAGUUUGGAUGAGCUGCUGCAUUUCAGCCGAAAGCUUUCGCUGCAGCUGCUGGACUUCAUCAGUCACUACCAGGACGGUGGCUCCAAUGAGAGCUCCACACCACUCGCUCCCCAUCCGCCUCCCACAGUCCCCAGCACGGAGCAGGGAGUCUCCAUGCCGGCCGUGAACCUGAUGUUCUCGGCCGGAAAGCUCUCCCACUGGAGGAGCAAACCACCGACGUCCAUCCUCCUCCAUCAGGCCGACGUCACCCGAAAGAACGGCGCAUCGCCGGCAGAUUAACACCGGUCGGGCAUUGGGGUUUCGGGGGUCCGGAUUUGUGAGUCUUAGCAGAGUAGCAGGGGGCCCUCCGUGUGUGAACGGGUGAGAGGGCAAGUGUGGGAACAUGUGUAAGUGAUGGUGUGAGUAACUUGAGUUAAUGAGUGGUUCGGUCGGUGAGUGGGUGCCUGCACGGGUGAAGAGCCAGCAAGUUCUGUCGAUAGAUGAGUUGAACACGUGAGUGAGCGAGCGAGAGAGUGGAUGAGUGUGAGACUGCGUACAUAGUGGAUAUGUGAGUGAGCGUGCAGGUGUGUGUAUGCGUGAGUACGUGAGUUUAUGCAUGACUGAGCAAGCAAAAGAGUGAGCCAAUCAUUUAGUGAGGCACUUAUCCUCAUCAUCGCAGUCUCUCCUAUCCUCUCCUCACCAACCAAUCAUUGACAUCCAGCCGAAAAAGGGCCCUGGUAUGUUUGAGGUGUAGUCCCUGGUUGGGGUAUCCUAUGCUGCUGUUAACAGGUGUAUCUCUUGUUUGGUGGUUGUUACGGUUAUGUAGUUUGUAUUUAUAUACCUGGCUCGGCGAUUUAAAUAAUAGGGAGCCGUGUUGCAUUCCUUUUACGGGAACACCUUUAGGUUUGGAAGUGAAGUUUUAACUGUGGAGGACCCUUUUGUGUUGUAGGUAUUUAAAAAAAAUAGAUUUAUAAGUGGUCAUUGUCGUCUUCAUUACGAUUGCAGUAGCUAGAUCAUGUGGUCGGUCCGUUCACCUCUGUGGCCAUGGUCCAAUUCACACCUCGUAAUGUUUCAUUGUCUUCCUUAUCAUCGUCGUCAUCAUCAUCAUCGUGGCCGCUGGUAUCUGGUGGUUGUAGGAGCAGUCGUCUUACGUUUGUAUUGUUUUGACAAACUGGACACCGUGCUCUGGAGCCAACCAAUUUUUUUUUCAUCGGGGUGUUUCUAUUCAUGAGCCCACUUUUAAACCACCCAACAACCAGCCGCAUAACCCCGUUGUUCUAACAACCUUCGGGCGUAGUGUGCAUUAAGGUAAAUCCACUAGCUCAGCUAAUUCACGCAAGUACUGCUCAUUAGCAUCGCAGAAAAUUAACACGGCCAGAAGGAAAUCCUCGUACGUGGUAUAUUUCCAUGCACCCUCGCAAUCGGCAAUUUAUGAAGGAGUUGAGCCUGUGUUGAUAUAAUUUUUCAGACGGAUAAACACCUCCUCCACGUCCAUUAGUGCAGGAUUAGCAGUCGUUGCAUAGGUGGGAAUUAAAGACAGGCUUGUGUCGUGCGCGUGCGUGUGUGUACAUAGGGGGCGGGCUGUAAACUCGGGGACCCGAGUUCAAUUCCCGCUCAUGGCCAACACCAGUGACGAUUAUCUGAACCGGUUCUGGGCCUCCCCAAGUUCGACUCGGCCUCAAAUGAGUACCUGGUGCGGUGUGUAAACAUCGCC